AGAGAGAAGCCGAGAGGGAGGCAGAGAAAGAGAGAGCGAUCCAGUUAACCGAACAGCUCUGAGAGGAAAAGCAUCUCUAACAGACGCACGGCAGACGCACACUCUCACUCACUCGGUCACUCACCUCACUCUCUGUCUCUCGGACAUUCACACACACAAACACACACACACACACACACACGCACGCCGACACACUCCGUCACCCACGCAAACGCUCUCGAGCAGCCGGAGCGAGCGGAGGACACCGCGGGAGGAGAAGACCGACGCCACUCAGACGCCACAGCAGCAGCAGCAGCAGCAGCAGCAGCAGCAGCACCUACACCUUUACAGAUGGGGCCUGGACUGUUCUGGAACUUCCCGCACAAGGCUAGCUGCACAGUUCCUCAGAGUCUGCUGCAGAACAUGUUGCUUUCCAGGAUGGCUGCGAUGAAGGAGCAGCAGUUUACUGAGGAGAAACCCCUGUUGCCCGAGCAACGAGGACAGGACACGGAGAUGGAGAACUGCGAGACCAUGACAGUGGUUGGUGACUGGCAGGAGCAUGAUGUGGAGACGCCUUAUGGGAUGCUGCAUGUGGUGAUCCGAGGGGCCCCCAAAGGAAACAAGCCAGCCAUCCUCACAUACCACGACGUGGGGCUCAACCAUAAGCUGUGCUUCAACUCUUUCUUCCAGAAUGAGGACAUGCAGGAGAUCACAAAGCACUUUGUGGUGUGUCAUGUGGAUGCUCCAGGACAGCAGAUAGGAGCGUCCCAGUUCCCACAAGGGUACCAGUAUCCCACCAUGGACCAGCUGGCUGGCAUGUUGCCCACUGUCUUGCAGCAUUUUGGAUUUAAGAGCAUUGUGGGAAUUGGAGUUGGAGCUGGUGCCUACAUCCUGGCCAAAUUGGCACUGAUUUUCCCAGACCUAGUGGAGGGCCUUGUGCUGCUCAACAUCGACCCCAAUGGGAAGGGCUGGAUUGACUGGGCAACAACCAAGUUGUCUGGACUCACCAGUGCCCUGCCAGAGACAGUCCUGCCUCAUCUUUUCAGCCAGGAGGAGCUCAUGAACAACACUGAGCUAGUGCAGAACUACAGACAACAGAUCAACAUGGUCAAUCAGUUCAACCUGCAGCUCUUCUGGAACAUGUACAACGGCCGUCGGGACCUUGAAAUGAACCGCAUAGGGACAGUGCUGAAUGCCAAGACACUGAAGUGCCCAGUCAUGCUGGUUGUUGGGGACAAUGCUCCAGCUGAAGAGGGUGUGGUUGAGUGCAACUCUAAGCUGGACCCAACUAAGACCACUUUCCUGAAGAUGUCUGAUUCAGGUGGACUUCCCCAGCUCACUCAGCCUGGAAAACUGUCUGAGGCGUUCAAGUACUUUCUUCAGGGGAUGGGCUACAUUGCAUAUGUAAAGGAUCGCAGGUUGAGUGGAGGGUCAGUGCCCACAGCUAGUAUGACCCGGCUGGCUCGCUCUCGGACGGCGUCGCUGACCAGCGGCAGCUCCCUGGACGGCUCUCGCUCCCGCGCCUGCACCCAGUCGGACAGCAGCGAGGGCGUGGCCCAGCUCAGCCACACCAUGGAGGUGUCCUGCUGAGCACACACUCCGCUCCGCGGGACAGAGAGGGAGAGAGAGGGAGGAGGAGGAGGAGGAGGAGGAGCAGAAGAGUAGGAG